AUGCCCCCGGCGGGGGGAUUCGACGCAAUCAAGUACAAACGCAAUCUGCCGUUGCGCGGGCCCAGUGGUAUCGUCAUCCUCGGCGGUGUGACGGCGCUGUGCGCGUACGGUUUCUACCGUGUCGGAAAGGGCAACCUGGAGAAGAGAGAGUUACAGAGGGAGAAGGUGUGGUCCCGCAUCCACCUGGUGCCGCUGCUGCUGGCCGAGGGGGACCGUGAUGCGUACCGCCGUCAGCAGGCCGCAUUGGAGCGCGAGAAGGACAUUAUGAAGGACGUGGCGGGCUGGGAGGCUGGCAAAAGUGUCUACAACAACCCAAAAUACCGGUCUGGGGAGUGGGUUGUGGUUCUAUGA